AUGUCAUUGUGGCUCUUGUUUAACUACCACGUCAGUGUGGCCUUCUCUUUCAGAAUUCGGAUAUUUCAAUUAUUCAUUCUCAUAUUCUUCUUCUUCUUCUUCUUCUUCUUCUUCUUCUUAUUAUUAUUAUUAUUCUUUUCUUUUUCUUCUUCAUAUCAUUCUCCUUCUUUUUCUUCUUCUUGUUCUCAGUUUCAUACUUCUUCCUCUUCUACUACUUCUUCUCCGUCUGCUUCUUCUUUUUUUCUUCUUCUUCCUUUUCUUCUUCUCCUUUUCCUCUUCUUUCUUCUCCAGCUUUUCUUCUUCUUAGUUUCAUUCUUCUUCUUUUUCUUCUUCCUCUUCUCCGUCUGCUUCUUCUUUUCUUCUUCUACUACUUCUUCUUCUUCUUCUUAUUAUUAUUAUUAUUAUUAUUCUCCUUCUUCUCUUUUUCUUCUUCUUCUUCAUAUCAUUCUCUUUCUUUUCUUCUUUUUCUUCUUCUUCUACUUCUUUUUCUUCUUCUUCCUUUUCUUCUUCUUCUUCUCUUUCUUUUUUCUUCUCCUGCUUUUCUUCUUCUCCUCCUUUUCCUCUUCUUCUUCUUCUUCUUCUUCGUCUUCUUCUUCUUUUCAGUUUCAUUCUUCUUCUUUUUCUUCUUCCUCUUCUCCGUCUGCUUCUUCUUUUCUUCUUCUACUACUACUUCUUCUUAUUAUUAUUAUUAUUAUUAUUCUCCUUCUUUUUCUUCUUCUUCAUAUCAUUCUCUUUCUUUUCUUAUUUUUCUUCUUCUUCUACUUCUUCUCCGUCUGCUUCUUCUUCUUCUUCUUUGCAUUUAAUCCCAUCAGAAGGUAG